AUGCAUUGGGCUGUCAAGGAUGCUUACUUGAAGUAUAAGAAAGACAACCGUGAUGUGAACUGCCUUAUGCGUGGAACAAUGACUCCCGACUUGAUCAAACAGUUUGAUGGUCUGGGUGCUUGGUUGAUGAUGGAUCAACUUAAGCUCAUGUUCGAAGAGAAAGCCCGCUCAGAGAGGUUCAAGAUGCACAAGGAGCUUGCGGUGGACAUGGUCCUCCAUUCACUUCCUGAUAGUUUUCGACAUUUUGUCUUAAACUAUGAUAUGAAUGGUAUGGACAAAAGCUUAACCGAGCUGCAUGGGAUGCUAGUGUUGGCUGAGCAGAAGAUUAAGACUGAAAAGAGCAUCCUUGCCAUGCAAACUGAAAGAGUUCCAGUAAGCGACCACGAGGAAAGGGAAAGGGCAAGGAAUCGGCAAAGAAGGAAAAAGUUGCCGUGUUGCCGAAGUCCAAACCCGACUAGGGAGAAUGCCACUACUGCCACGAGGUUGGACACUGGCGUAGGAACUGAAAUCUCUACUUGGAGGAUCUGA